AUGGACGCCUACCCGGAAGACUAUGUCGCCCAUAACCUUCCAUUUAUCCUGCUCUCCGGUCUCGAGUCAAGCUCGGAUGACGACCAGCAACCCGUGCGAGCUGACUAUCCGCUCCUCAAGGACAAGGGCGUGAAGAUAUACUCGGACUUCCAGCCGUUGAGCGGCUCAGUCGCGGAGGAAUUGAGGCGCGUGCUUCUGGAGGAAGAUGCAUCCCGUGUCCCCUGGGAGCCGAGAGAUGAUGCAUAUGCAGAUCCAUCCAAGUUCGAGUAUAGAAUUAAGAGUAUUGGACGGUCAUAUAGUCUCCCCCCACGCAAGGCUGAUCCCCCACCUGCCUCUCCUCCCACGAGCCCAACGACCGGACAAGACAAUGGCACGUCGCGUGGGGCAUCUGUCGUUCUGCACUCCCCCAUAUCCCCGUUGACCCCGAGCUCGCCGACUUUCCCAGAUGGCCUACUGACUCCGUUAUGGGUCACGAAGCACCAGAACAUCGUCCCCGCGGCGGUGAUAAACUGCUUCCCAUUUUGCUUCGACCCCAACAUGAGUUCACUGCGCGAUAACCAACUGAAGAUAGAGAUCAAUGGACUGAAAAAGCAAUGGUCCUCAUCUGGCUACAAAACUCGGUUCAUAGUCGUCCUCUUGUCGGAAGAAAGCAAUGGUAACUAUGUUGCGGAUGCCGAGGACAGGGUGGCAGGCAUUCGGAGGGCAACCAAUCUGGAUCAGAAGUCCAUGUUUCUCCUUCCAUCAGACGCGACGUUAGUGGAGCUGAAGGAAUUCGCGACCUCCCUGCUGUCUCUGCUCCAACCAUCGGUGAUGGAGUAUUAUCGGGAUCUAUCGAAGCAUGCCAGGCGCAAACGCAACCGAGGCAAUAUCCCCCCACCGACAGCGCCACCGACAAGUGGGACGUCGCAGACUUUGUCGACUCAGGGGUGGAAUGUUCGAUACGAGUUCAAGCUGGGAAUUUUCGCGGAGUUUCGUCGAGAGAUAGACGCGUCUCUGAGAAAUUACGAAAGCGCCUACGAGACCUUAUUCGGGCAAGAGGUCUUCGAAUAUAUCGCUGGCUGGAAUCCCAGAUUUAAUGAUGCACGUAUGUUAGGCGAUGUAUUGGCUAUACGCAUCAUCCGCUGCUUGCUGUGGACGGGACAAACAACACCAGCGGUGCGGUUUUGGGUAAGCCACCGAAACCGUUCGAAGGACAUCGUUGAUCGUCGGGGUAAAGGCACCAAAAAUUAUGGCUGGGAAGCCUGGGAAGCUAGAUGGUCAAUGGUAAUGGGUCAACUCGUUCGUCAAGCUAAUAUCCCCCAAUUCACUUCCGUGGGUAUCCCUCAAGACCAGUUCGAAGAACAAUACUCAAUCUUUGUUCCACGAGACAAGUCUAGCUCCAUUCAAGACAUGUAUCUUCCAUGGGAACAACUCCACCACGAAGGGUACUGGAUUUAUCGAGCCGCGCAGCAUACAGAGUACCGGCGAACGUGGGCGGAGCAGAUCCCGGAGGAUGAUCGGAUGCCACCAGGACAGUCUCCUGCCUCUCAGAUAGCAAACAAAGCUUACCUGUAUGAUACCUAUCUGGUCCCAGAGCCACACGUUGAGGCACCUCAACCAGGGGCGGAUGGAUUCAACCACUCAUUGUUGAGAUUGGAUGCACUGAAAGCGGCACUGGAAGAGUUCUCUAAGCGAGACCAGCAUCGGAAAACGGAAAGCAUUAGCCUGGAGAUUGCGCAAGAAUACAUGCGUAUGGGCUCAUGGCCUGAGGCCUAUGAAGUUCUUCGACCACUAUGGCCUACCCUUACGUGGCGGCGCUCGAGCUGGUGGCAGCUCAUGGAGCAGUUUGGCUGGGCUCUAAGAGAAUGCGCGUUCCGAUUGCAUGAUAGCGAUAUGGUAUUGCGGGUGGAUUGGGAGCUACGACAUUCGGUUUUUCAACCGCGGGCAGACUGGCACUAUGACCUCCAUGAGAGCCUCGAAGGUAUUCCAUCGGUUAAGCCCAAGCCAUCGGUUGUGCUGCGGGCGGAGGAUGUCAUUUCGAGUGUAACGGCGUCAUUCGUAUUCCAAAAGUCGGAAGGAAACGUCGGUGAGCCUUUACAAGGCCAGCUGGUAAUCAAGUCCUGCGGCCAGUCAUCAGCCAAGCCCAUUAGGUUUUCCGAGAUCAAAGUGGUCUUCGAGGGUUGCCUUCGUCCAAUAAAACUUCAAUCAGAUCACAACCUGAUUGCCGACAGCACCACUCCUUGUACAUCAAUGUCGCCAUCGCUACGUGACCCCAGCAAGGCGGAAGGUCCGUCGUCUAUUCAGUCACCUACCAGUGGGCUAACGGCCUUGACUGGCAUUGCAGAUCUAGCCAUCGGUCCUUCCCAGACGAAGGUGUAUGACCUCACGUGCAUUCCCAGGGAAGCCGGAGAGUCUCGUGUUGCAUCAAUAACAUUGGCAAUUGAAGAAGAAAAUUUUGACCUUGCCAGCGCCAUCACUGAUCUGUCCCCACGUGAGUCAUACUGGUGGCAGCGGACCUCGAAGGGCCUGAGCCGACGGCGUGUGGGCAAAGGCCGCGAUACCGGCCGGUGCAAGAUAUUGCCUAAACCUCCAAAGAUUCGGAUAGAGCUACUGAACCUCCGAGAAACAUACUACACCAACGAGCAUAUCAUUCUCAAUGUCGCCAUUCAUAACGAAGAAGACGAACCUGCUGAUGUUUCCGUGGAAACCAGACUCUUUGGUCGUCCGGAAUCAGCGGCGAAGAUCCGAUGGUUUGGUGAGAAGGGAUCCUUGGAGGCGCACGGUUCUGGGGAGAGUACCCCAACCGAGGGAAUUUCCCAUUAUAUCAAACGACCGAUAGGCGUGAUGGAACGCUCCUCUCACCGAGAGGUGGCGAUUGUGCUCACGGACACCAGUGACGCUUCCGAUUACGAGAUUGAAUUAUCGACCGUGUACAACCUUGUGUCUGAUAUCCAAACACCCAUCAUUGCAACCGUGCGAGUGGGCGUAUCGAUCGUCAGGCCGUUUGAGGCCAAUUAUGAGUUUCUCCCACGCCUUCAUCGCGAGCCUUGGCCGGACUUCUUUAGUGUAGACGAUGAUUUACUCGCACAGGGAGAGGAUCCCACCCCCGGGGGAUUGCAGCAGCGAUGGUGUCUAAACUCCAAGGUUGUCUCGUUUGCCUUGGAGCCCCUUGUCAUCGAGAAAAUGUCCUUGGUCUUACUCGGGCUCAACGGCGCAGCAACCUGCCACCUCGGAUCGGAGGAGGUUGUCAGCCCUGAAGUGGCAGAGAUCCAUCCCGAGGAGCUCCGCGAGUCCAAUUUCAUCCUAGAUCUCCAGAAAGCUAUUCUGGGCGACCGGAGGCCUACCGCCUUGACGCUGGCUCUCGAGAUCCAAUGGAGACGAAGUGCAGCGGACGACGGUUCGCUCACAGACAAUUCUGCCCUCACCACAUCUACGCUUGCUAUCCCCCGCUUUGUCAUUCCGGCGGGUGAGCCUCGAGUGCUCGCGUCGGCCAAGGCCUCCAGCACUCUUUCCGGGUUGAUCCAUCUUGAUUACACCCUAGAAAACCCGUCGAUGCACUUCUUGACCUUCAACUUGACCAUGGAGGCCAGUGAGAACUUUGCCUUCAGUGGGCCGAAGACGAUUGUGGUCCAGUUGGUGCCAAUGAGCAGGCAUGUAGUCCGAUACCAUCUGCUGGCCUCGAAACGAGGCUUGUGGAUCCAGCCACAACUCCUCGUGGUGGAUACGUACUUUAACAAAACACUCCGGGUUCUUCCCACGGAGGACAUGCGGUCGGACAAGAAAGGGAUUCUGGUGUGGGUGGAUGCCGAGGACUAGAUGCGAUCGAUCCAGUUAGUGAUUUACGGUGAAGGAAGACGGAUCCGCACCGAGCAUAGCUACCUAAGGAGGUAGGGAGUGUUGUUUAUAUGUAAUUGAAAGGACCUACUAG